AUGGAGUUCCUGGCUGCGCUCAUGAAGAUCAUCGACUUGAUCUGCCAGGCCCUCCGCAACGUGGAGAUGCUGCCCGCGGCCCUGGUCACGAGCGGCGUCGUUGAUGGCGCUGCUGCUCUCGCACUCGCCAUUUUCGAGCCUCCCAGAGGUAUUUUUCAGCACCACGGCAAGGCACCCUUCUACUUGUACUACAGUAUUCUCGUCACCACAGUGAUCUUUGGGCUUGUGGAGGCUUCCGUCGGCUUCUGGGUGUCCCGUGACCUGAACGGCCGCGGUGCCGUUGGGAAGACACUUCAAGAAGGCCCAAAGAUCAGGCGUGUUGGCAUGUUCACGCAAGGGCCACCUGCACGGAGUCACAACGAGCUUCGGAGCAGCUCGGGGGAGAACAUUGGUGAGGUGACCAGUGGAGGGUUCAGCCCAUGCCUGAAGAAGAACAUCGCCGUGGAUUACGUGAAGUCGGGUAUGCACAAGGCUGGGACAGAGUUCAAGGUCGUUGUUCGUGGGAUGUCCUACGAUGCUGUUGUCACCAAGAUGCCCUUCGUGCCGACCAAAUACUACAAGCCCUCAUAG